AAUUCGUCAUGUAUAUCGUUUGGAAGCUGGCGUCGAGAGCUCUCAUGUUCUACACAGAUGAAGUUGAUAUCUUGAGGUCUCAGCGCAAGACAGCGAACAUAUAUGCUUCCGAAUUGUAGCUACGCUGAGGGUGUCCAGACCCACAUGCGUUGAUGGAUUUGUUCUCCGCCUAAAGUUGGUUGUCAAAGCGCCAAUUGAGCGAGUUAAUAUUCUGCCGGCGAGACAUUGAGCGUCUUUCUUCCCUGCCCUGCUCGCUGUCGACGACGACGUCGAGGUGAAUUCUCUAAUAUCUUUGCCUUGGCUGGCAUCGAUACCGCCACUCUUUACUUCCUGACGGCCACCGCGCCACUUCUUUCUUUUCUUUUUUGCUUGUAGCAUGGCCUCUCGCUUAAAGUACGACAGCAGCGACGUCCCGAUCCCUACUCCUCGUCUUCCAACUUCCUCUGGAACCGUCCGUCGUGCAAAGACCCUUACUCGACCUGAGCGCAGUGUCGCUCCAAUCCCGCUCAUCAACCCCCAAGCAGCACAUUUACCCGUUGGUUCAUCCGUUACCGUCCCGGAAGACACUAGUUUCGACGUAUGGAGAAUCUUCUCUCGUAUUGUCACCUUUUGGGCUCCCGCUAUCCUGCUAGAGUCCGUAGGGGGGCUCAAGGAUAAGCAGAUGAGACAGGCGUGGAGGGAGAAAAUGGCCCUUUGCUUCAUCAUCGCCGUCCUUUGCGGUGCUGUUGGCUUUCUCACAGUCGGAUUCCAGAAGGUGCUUUGUCCUCUCAGCGCACAGAGCCUUAGCAGGUUCUCUCGUGUCGGUACGAAUCCCAACACACUCGGCGUGCAGGGGGUUCUAUAUAAUGUGACCAAGAUUCCUCAAGUUGACGGUGUCAACUUUCAAUCAUUGCUUAAGAAUCCAGGACAAGAUAUUACUACCCUCUUUGAACGCGAUGCUGCAAAUUACCCUUCUUGCAAUGGCCUCAGCUUCCGUGCGGCAGUCGAAGCACCAUGUGCGGGCACAGACUGCCCUCUCGGUCCUCUCAAUACCAGCUCGACCCUUUCUUCCAUUGGCUUUGUCAAAACUGACUUCAUUGUUGGUUAUGACUGGGACCAAGUUGCUUCACUCGCCAACUACAUGGUCCUCGAUGGCGCCGUGUUAAACUUGAACUCAUACAUGAAACUUCACCCCACCGCGAUCCCCCAAGACAGACUCGACGCCGUUAUCCGCACUAUCCUUCAACAGAUGCCCGGUCAGAGUGGACGCGAUGGUACACGUCUCUUCUAUUACCAUAAUGAUAUUCAACAAGCCAUCCCCUGCCUCAUGGAACGAUAUUUUGCGGGCAACAUUGACAAGAUUACGCCCGGUUGUUUCGUCUCACAACUCGUGCUCUACGCUGGACUCAUUGUCAUCUUGGGUCUGGUGUUCGUCCGCUUCGUCAUGGCUUGCAUCUUCAAUUGGUUCAUGUCUCAGAAGCUCGCCGGACCUCCCAACACGCUUGCCCUCAAUCGCUCAGCUAUCAGCCCUGCGGUUAUGCCUGAGGGCGCCAAUGUAUCUAUUGACAACCCGAAUGGUACCGCGCCUUGGGCAGGUCCUGCUGGAUCCAAGAAGCUCGCUAAGCCCAGCAAGUCCGCGCGCUCCCUCGCAUCCUCCGCUUCCACGCUCAUUGGUAGCGAUGGGGCCGCACCGAUCGUCAGCCUAGCACAAAUCGGUGCCGAACUCUUCGCAGUCUGUCUUGUUACCUGUUAUUCGGAGGGAGAGGAGAGUUUGAGGACUACGCUGGAUUCGAUCUCAACGACUACAUAUGCCGAUGCGAGAAAGUUGCUGUUCGUGGUCGCGGAUGGUAUGAUCACUGGUGCGGGUGAGAAAAAGAGUACGCCGGACAUUUGUGUGAGCUUGCUGGAUGCAGAUCCGAGGUUUGGGAACCCCGUGCCGAUGACUUAUAUGGCGGUUGGAUCUGGUUCGAAGGCGGAGAACAGAGCGAUGAUAUAUGCUGGUCACUAUAUCGUUGCUGGUCGACGGACACCUACCGUUGUCGUUGUCAAGUGCGGAACUGAAGCUGAGGCUGCGUCCGACAAGAAACCCGGUAAUCGCGGAAAACGCGAUAGUCAACUCAUCUUGAUGAACUUCUUCUCUCGGGUAACCUACAAUGACCGAAUGACCCCCCUCGAUUUCGACCUAUUCCGCAAGAUUCACGUACUCAUGGGAGUGACUCCCGACUUCUUCGAGGUUUGCUUAAUGGUUGAUGCUGAUACAAAGGUGUUCCCCGACUCACUGAAGUACCUUGUGAACUGCAUGCAUCAUGAUCAAAUGAUCAUGGGUGUAUGCGGUGAGACACGUAUAGCCAAUAAACGGCAAUCAUGGGUUACCGCCAUCCAGGUCUUCGAAUACUUCAUCUCCCAUCAUCUCGCCAAAGCUUUCGAGUCCGUCUUUGGUGGUGUUUCAUGUCUUCCUGGAUGUUUCUCGAUGUUCCGACUCAAAGCUAGGAAGACGUCGGGCGACGAUUGGGUACCACUUAUCAUCAAGCCGGAGAUCGUGAAGGAAUAUAGUCAGAAUGUUGUCACAACGCUGCAUCAAAAGAACUUGUUGCUGCUUGGAGAGGAUCGUUUCCUGACAACGAUUCUGCUACGGACAUUCCCUAAUCGCAAGAUGAUGUUCCUACCCCAGGCUCGUUGUAGAACCGUGGUCCCCGACACUUUCUCAAUUCUUCUUUCGCAACGUCGUCGAUGGAUUAAUUCAACCAUCCAUAACCUCAUGGAACUCGUCCUCGUCCGUAAUCUCUGUGGAACAUUCUGCUUCAGUAUGCAGUUCGUGGUCUUCAUGGAUCUUCUCGGUACCGUCGUCCUUCCCAUCGCCAUCUCUCUGACGUACAUGCUCAUUGUCGGUAUGGCGUUAUCACCACCUCAUAACUUCGAGGAGGCAAUUCCGUUAUUGCUGCUUAUCGCCGUGUUGGGUCUCCCCGCGGUCUUGAUUUUGAUCACAACGAGAAAGGUGGUCUAUGUGUUCUGGAUGUUGAUAUACCUCUUGGCGCUACCGGUUUGGAAUUUCAUCCUUCCUGUAUAUGCGUUCUGGCAUUUUGACGAUUUCUCAUGGGGUGAGACUCGAAAAGUGGAGGGUGAAGCUAAAGGUGAAGGCCAUGGAGAUGGUCACGCUGCGGAGAUAAUUAUCAACGUUCCUCUACGUCGCUGGGAAGACUGGGAACGUUCGCGUCUUCGGAAGAUCAAGAGAGAAGAAAGACGUCUGCGCGAACUCGCCCGAUUACAAGGCAACUACCAGGGUGCCAACUCAGACCUACUCACGCCACGCCAUGACGUCAACAGUCAAUAUGAUGGCUCUGAUACGUAUUCUGUCACGUCCUCGGAGGACGACCAUUGGGGGGCACAAAUUGGUGGUUACAACGAGAACAGUACACAGUACCCGCCACCACCGGUUGGUCUUCAGCCAAAUGCGUUUGAGAGCGCCGAGACCGUAGCUGCAACAGAUCUUGAAGCAAUGCUGGAGGUCGGCUUCGAUGACAGGCCGUCGCCAACAACUGCACGUAUGCCUAUGGAGACGCCUAGGUAUCAGCUAUCUGACAGCAGACCUGGGAACGGCUACACACCACUAACGCGAGCAGGUUCGCCUGGUGUAUCGCCUGUUACUCCAGAUGGGAUGAGCUCUGCGUUGCAGCAGAAAGGUCACGCGAAGAAACGUAGUGGCGGCCGUUCGAGUGCACGAGAGUAUGGACCUUUAGGACCUCUUGACCCUGGGACAAAGUUUUGAUUCCUGAGAUGCAUCCUGACUUUUGUUUGUUCUUCCGCUCGCAUUGGACAUCGUCUUCGUCAACUAGUUUCUUGCUUCACCCACGUCAAUAUCUUUCAUCUUUCUUUCACCACAUGUUCCUUUCGUUUGUCUUUCCAGCAUCUCUGUGUCUAUACCCUCCCACUCCAAGACGCGCCUCACUCAUCACCCUCUGAUCCCCCGAGUCACCUUACGCCGCCGUAAUACUUGCCCGUCACAGCCGGACUUUGGGCUUCAUCCACCCACCAUCCCCUCGUAUCAUAUUCCUAGUAGUACGUAUUGCCACGUAUAUUCAGCCCUUCGUCAUUGACCUUCACGUCGUUACGAGCCUUUUGCGUCCUUCGUGCUCCCGUCAUUGUUGUUAGUUUGCACGAUAUCGUCGAGCGCUCAUCCUCCCCUUGUCUCCCAUCAUGGUCUUUCUUUGGAUUUCUUGCUGCAUUGUUGAAUAUAACCACCCUCGUCAUACUACAUACCUUACUUAUAGACUCGGAGGACUAGAAACACGCUGGAAAACUUC